AUGUCGAACUCAUUGGAUCAGCUGAAGGCCACAGGCACCACUGUUGUUUGUGACUCUGGUGAUUUCGCUACCAUCGACAAAUACAAGCCACAAGAUGCCACAACCAACCCAUCCCUCAUUCUGGCAGCCUCGAAAAAAGAGGAAUAUGCUAAGCUAAUGGAUGUGGCUAUUGAAUACGGCAAGAAGCAGGGCAAGGACCUUGACGAUCAAGUUGACCAUACUCUCGAUCGCUUGCUGGUUGAGUUCGGCAAGGAAAUCCUUCAAAUAGUUCCUGGAAAGGUCUCUACCGAAGUGGACGCCAGAUUCUCAUUUGACAAGGAUGCCUCAAUCAGAAAGGCUCGCCAUAUCAUCGAGCUCUACGAGUCGAUCGGCAUCUCGAAAGACAGAAUCCUGAUCAAGAUCGCUUCCACAUACGAAGGCAUCAAGGCCGCGGAAGUGCUCCAGAAGGAAGGCAUCAACUGCAACUUGACACUCAUGUUCUCGCUGGUUCAAGCUAUUGCGGCUGCUGAGGCGGAUGCAUACCUGAUUUCUCCCUUCGUCGGCCGAAUUCUUGACUGGUACAAGGCGGCCAUGAAGAAGGAUUUCCAGAAAUGGGAAGACCCAGGCGUCAAGAGCGUACAAGCCAUCUACAACUACUACAAGAAGCACGGAUACAGCACCAUCGUCAUGGGUGCGUCGUUCCGAAACGUUGGUGAGAUCACCGAGCUUGCUGGCUGUGACUACUUGACCAUCUCGCCCAACCUGCUUGAGGAGCUUUACAACAGCAAAGACGACGUGCCGGCGAAGCUGCACGCCGACGAAGCCAGCAAGCUUGACAUCCCGAAGAAGAGCUAUUUGAAUGACGAGGCUACAUUCAGAUUUGAUUUUAACGAAGACCAGAUGGCAGUCGAGAAACUGAGGGAAGGUAUCAGCAAGUUCGCCGCCGAUGCUGUGACUCUCAAGGGCAUUCUCCGCGAGAAGAUUCAGAAGGCAUAG